UUCUUCAAUCGACUAUACUUCUAUAACAUACCCGCCCUGUGUGCUUGAGAACUAGCCUUCAAAAUGGAGGGGAAUCUGCCACAACAUUCAUGUCAUCCAGCAACCACCGCUGUUGACAGAGAUGAUAUUAUCAUUCCAGUCAUUGACUUCGGUCCCUUUCUCAACGGAACACCCGCUGAUAAGCAUGCCGUCGCCGUCUCCAUUGUAGAAGCAUUCAAAACAUCCGGUUUCCUCUAUCUCAAGGAGCACGGUCUUCCUCCUUCCGUCGUCUCCCGGGUGUUUGGCUCAUCUGCACGCUUCUUUGCGCGACCCCAGGACCAGAAAGACAGUCUGUGCUGGACUACCCCACAGGCGAACCGUGGUUACGUGAAGACGGGACAAGAGAAGCUGAGCAACGUGGACGACCCAACGGCGCCUGAAGUUCUCCGAGCUACCCCAGAUCUCAAGGAAACCAUGGAGAUUGGUCGCGAUAAUCUGGACGAUCAACCCAAUCGCUGGCCGGACCAGAUUGACGACGAAGGAAAGGAUUUCAGAGAAGUCAUGACAUCAUUCUUCAACAUGUGCAAAUCCCUCCACACGGAAGUGAUGAGAGCCAUCGCACUUGGGAUGAACUUACCGGAGCAUUAUUUUGACUCCUACGUAGAUGCAGGAGACAAUAAUCUUCGACUGCUGCACUAUCCAGCUGUGUCGAAGGAAGUCUUCAGGAAGAACCCGUCGCAGGUUCGUGCGGGCGAGCACAGCGACUAUGGCUCCAUCACGCUUCUCUUCCAAGAUCGUCGCGGUGGGCUCCAAGUGCACAGUCCCAAAGAUACCUAUGUCGAUGUGACCCCCAUUGCAGAUACAGUGGUCGUCAACGCGGGUGACCUCUUGGCUCGAUGGUCGAAUGAUCUGAUCAAGAGCACCCGUCAUCGCGUCGUUGAGCCACCAACCCCCAUUGGUGAGGAGGACAACUCUGACAUGUACCCAGACCGCUACAGUAUUGCAUAUUUCUGCAAUCCCAAUAACAACAAGCUCAUUGAAGCUAUCCCUGGGACCUAUGGGGAUGAUAUCAAGGAAGCAAAGUACCCAGCAAUCGUUACCGGGGAUUACCUGGUCCAGCGCCUCACAGCUACUUACUGAAUCUUCAACAAACUGGUCGGUUAUAAUCCGCUCCAGCAUUAUUUGCCCAAGCUGCAGCCCUAUUCUCCGUCUCUUAUCCCUAGCUUCCGAAAAGCAUUGCAACGUAGUGUCUGUUCAUGACGAUAAAAAGGUCAAUGCAUGUAUCUCCCGUCUAAUAUUUACAUGUUGAUAUGGAAUGGAACCGUGAAAAA